ACACACAAGUUUGCCCUAACAUUGAGUCGAUACACCUUCAACCCCUACGUACGGCGCUAACCCUCCCCUUGAAUUUUCCCCGUUGUUGCCCUAGUGCUUUAGCAAGUCAGCUCUCCGGGCUUCCAUGCGGGCGUAGGUGAUUCACGGGCGAGCGAAAAAAGCAACAAGCAAACAGCAUAAUGCAAUUAUCGGCGUGCAAGGCGAUUGUCAGCGAGUGCUAGUGCCGAACGGAGCAAAAACAGCGGCCGAUCGAGGGAGCAGCAGCGAGCAGCCCCUCGGCGCGGCGAGAGCCACCACCGCAGCAGCAACAGCAGCAGCACCGCACACACGGGACGGGAGGGAGAGUGAAAUCGUGUAAUGCUGCUGGUGUUUUGCAACAACUGCCAUUCGAGUGCAUCAAAUGUGCAACAGGCUUCAAUUCGAGUCGGUGUGCUGCAGUUAAUUCGCGUCACCCCCGCCAUCCCGCCGCCACCACCGCCGCCGAGACGACCGCACCGUGCCGCCCUUGACCGAGACGCUCGUGCGUCUUGUUGAAACACCGCCCGCCCGCCCGUCCAGCACCCCCCGAGCGUGCCGACGAUUCGACGGCCGAACGAUGCUGGAGUAGUCGAACAACCCCCGAGCGCGGCCAAGGACGAAUCGCUGAACGAGACGAGAGUGUUUGUGUGCGAGUGAGUGAGUGUGUGAGUGCCCGAAUUUUCUUGUGGGGAAAAUCGAUCUGCUGCUGGUGUCGGGCAUGCACUGGCGGGCCUCGUGCACCCUUCGCCGUCAGGUCUGACGCACCCGCGCGAUUUAUUCGCACGCAGCCGACACACCUCAGCACUCGCCAGUCGUUAGAGUAGCCUGUACAUGGAGUGGAACGAGCACGCGGGGUCCGGCUACCCUCACCGCCGCGGCGGCCCUAGCAGCACCACCCGGCCCCUGGCACCGGCCUGGGCGUACGAAGGCACCGGCGGCCAGCCGCAGCAGCAACAGCAGCAACAGCAGCAGUAUCACGGCGGCGGCCACGCGUACUUCAGCGAGGAGGAAUCGGCACAUGCCUGACCCCAUGGGUCCGGUCCGGCGACGGUGAUGACGGGUCGUCAGCACUCUUCCUACCCCCAGUACUACCAGACUCAUCCGCCUCCGUCUUCGUCCACGCAGAACUACCACCACCAUCACCACCACCACCAUCCGCAGCAGCAGCAGCAGCAGUUGUCACCUCUGACCUCAGGUCCCUCGGCCGGCUACCACGGCCAACACCACCAGGGGGUCAAUCACCACGGCUCCCACCCCCACAGCUCAUCAGGACCUCACCACGUGACCCAUCAAUCGAACUCUAGGGAGUGCCUUGAGGAACCCGUCGUCUCCGGCAGCCAGGGCUCGGCCGAUUCAAAUUACUCGCAACCUUCGUCAGACCUAUCACUAGAUGAGGAAAAGGAGACUUUGAGAAGAGAGAAGGAACGCCAGGCUUUGAAUCAGUUAGAAAAAGCCAGAACCAAACCAGUAGCCUUUGCAGUACGUACUAAUGUUAGCUAUGAUGGAACGUUGGACGAUGACUCGCCAGUGCAUGGCAGCGCAAUAUCAUUCGAAGUCAGAGACUUCUUGCACAUCAAAGAGAAGUACGACAACAACUGGUGGAUUGGCAGGCUGGUCAAAGAAGGUUGUGAUGUUGGUUUCAUACCAUCCCCGGUGAAACUAGAGAACCUGCGACUGCAACAGACGCAGGCUCGCAACUCAAAGCUUUACGCCUCAAAGACUUCAUCAUCCAGUAAUCUAGGUGCUCUAGCGGGUGCCGAUGGCAGUGGUCUUCCGACAGGCAAAACCGCCACCAGUUCCCGAGGUUCAACACCCCCAACUCCAGGGGAUGACUCAGACUCUGUGGGUAACACAAGACUUGGAAAAGGUCCAAUCACCACACCACCAGCGAAGGAGAAGCGCAAACCCUUCUUUAAGAAACAAGAAAAUAUGACACCCUAUGACGUGGUACCUUCGAUGAGACCUGUUGUUCUUGUUGGGCCUUCCCUCAAAGGUUACGAGGUCACGGACAUGAUGCAGAAGGCACUCUUCGAUUUUCUAAAACAUCGAUUCGAGGGAAGAAUCAUAAUAACCAGGGUGACUGCCGACAUCUCGCUGGCAAAGAGAUCAUUGCUCAACAAUCCUUCAAAACGUGCUAUCAUGGAACGCUCCAACUCUAGGUCUACCUGUUUAGCCGAGGUUCAAGCUGAAAUCGAAAGAAUAUUUGAGCUCGCCAGGACCUUGCAGCUGGUAGUGUUAGACUGUGACACAAUUAACCAUCCAUCGCAGCUGGCCAAAACUUCUCUAGCGCCCACAAUAGUUUAUCUCAAAAUAUCGUCUCCGAAGGUUCUGCAGCGACUGAUCAAGUCUCGCGGCAAGAACCAGGCGCGCAAUCUCAACGUCCAGAUGGUGGCCGCCGAGAAGCUGUCGCAGUGUCCGCCGGAGAUGUUCGACGUGAUCCUGGACGAAAACCAGCUGGAGGACGCGUGCGAGCACAUUGCCGAGUACCUGGAGGCGUACUGGCGGGCCACUCAUCCGCCGGCUCCGCCCGCCAUCACCACCCUGCCUUCGCCGCCCUCGAACGUGCCCGCCGGGGCGCAGCCCAUGCACGGACAGUCGUCGCCGGGCAUGGAGCACCCGCCUCGCAACACUACACCUCCUGCUCACCUCGAUUCCUACUACGGCCAUGAUCACCAUGACCAUAGAGGGUAUCACCACUCCUCGAACCAGCAGCCGCACUAUCCGCAGCAACAGCAACAGCAGCAACAACAACAGCAACAGCAGCCGCACCCGCAAGGGCACCACCACCACCACCCCGCGCAGCACCACCGGCGGGGUUUGGUGCCUCAGCAGAGCCGCAUGGAUCCGCACGACUUCGACGAAUUCGGUCUUCCCGUUGGAGGCGGCGGCGGCGGCGGACACCCUCAGCGCCAACAGCACUACCACAGGGGUGGCGGGGGCGGCAUGGACGAGAUGCAGGGCAAGCAGUACCGGCGCGAAGACGACGUGGGCAACGGGUCCGGGGGCGGCGGCAGGCCCAACUACCAUCCCCAACCGCCGCAGCAGCACCACUCGCCACACAGGUCGUCGUCUCGGAGAGCACUGAACGCCCUUUAAAGGACGAGCGAACGCGUUCCCCCGCCCCUUGUGCUUGCUAACUGCUGCAGAGUGCGCGUAGACGAAACCAAAGUUACGAAUCAUGAAAAAGGAUGAUUGAAUUGAAAAAGAGAAAAUCUUAUUUGCACCUACCGUUUGCAAAGUGCAGUGAUAUAUAAAUUGAUUUAGAUUUAAAAAAAUCGAGCGAGGAAAAGGAGAAUUAUAUCUCUCUCUAGUCUAUGUACAUAAAAAGUUGGAAGAAAACGAGGAAAAGUAUGAAAAAUUUAACUUGAGUAAGCAUCAUCAGUGUAACCUGAUAUUAUACUGUGGUGAUGGAAUUUUUCGAAACUUGAAUAUUAAAAGUAUGUCUUUAAAACUUAGAAAAUUAAUAUAUGAUGGUGAUCAAUAUUUUGUUAAUGCUACCUAGCUUAAUACGAUCCCUACCAUUAAACGAGAAAAAAAAUAAGAAAUGUGCUGUAAACGAGGGAGAAAGCGAGGGUUGCAAAAAGGACACCUCCUCCUUCACCUGCUCCUGAAGUGUUAAAAUUCAACUGAUGAGAGAAAGAGAAGCUGAUGAGAGACGUUUUGUGAGUUACUGUCGUUUUUACCUUGUCAUUUUUGAGGAAUUAUCAAAAAAAGGGUCGAUGAAUCGUAUAACCGGUUAAUUUCGUCUGUGCCGUUCCGUUUUGCAAAAAAAAAGACACGGAGACAAAGGAAAAUUAUUGCUCUUUGACCUCUUUGAGUAUGAUAAAAUUGUUAUCACACCUCUUCUACAUAUAUAUUACUGUGCAUUAACCGAAUGCAAAAGUUUUAAAUUUUUUACCUAUCACCCCCUUUUUAAAUUGAGACAAAAGAGAGACAUGCCUUAAAUUUCAAAAAAGAAUGCAGAUAACACUUUCAAUAAAAGAUAAAAGGCUGCAGUGUACUACUACUACUACUAUUAAAAACAACUACUGUUCUACUCUUCACUCUGUAAUAUACAAUUUAAACAAUGAGGAAAUAGUGAAAUAGCAGUGACAUUAUUUGGAGUGACCACGAGUACAUAUAAUUACUUCGGAAAAGAGAGAAAACUAGUCCAAGUAGCUCCCCCAUUCAUCAUAAACCACAGUACCAAAGCGGAGACUAAAGAGGAGAGGAACAGGAAAUAAUUAAAAAUCGUUAUUUAUCAUUCGAAUUACAUAAGAAAAAUAAACAAGAAACGCAGCUUUUCUCAAGAAUUACAAUGCCAAAUCCUUCAUAUACGAUGCUUUAUAUUUAUAUAUCAAACCAAUGAUGAUAACUCCAUUGUUUAUCAAUUAUUACCAUCACUAAUUACUUAAUUAUCAACUGUAUUCUCUACCGACAAGUGUAUGAUCCACGACAAUUUUGGUUUCUUGCAGACUACUAAACUUCAUAUAGAUAUUACUACAGCAACAAAACUAGGAUUACAAAGUGAGGAGAUGAAUUGUUGUGAAUUGAAAAUUCAUUUUCUCCGUCGUGCAUAUUUUGCAACCUGCAUAAAAAUAAAUUAAAUUGAUAAACAUUGUAAUGGGCAGAGUAUGCGGAACCAUCAAUUUUCUCAGUUGGCGCAAGCAAUGUUGAGUAUGUACCUCUUCGAUUGUUGCAAGUAUACAUAAAUAUAUAUAUUGAAUACUUCUUGUUGAGUGGAGUUUUAUCCACCGCGUUCUUUCUGUUCCCCCCACAUUGUCCAGCCAGUGCAGUUUUGUGUAUAUUCUUCAUAGUUGGAAAGCAACAAAAAUGUAACCAUCGACCAAAAUUUGCCAGUCCUUCUUUGUGAAAAUUGUACGAUAGCUACGGCACUUUUUCAAUGAAUAUCAUCAGAGCCGCAAAAGUGGCGAUUAUUCGUUUUCUGGAACAAUUCAGUUCGGAUCAAGUUCUACUAGAUUAUAGCUAUCAUUGUUAUUUUAUGUUCAUGUGGCGUCCAAAACGACAAGCAAAAACAUAAUGUGAAAUUUGACACAGAUUUAUAGAUUUGCAAUUACAAAACAAUAAAAUACAACAUCAAUGAAAGCAAACUA